UAAUCACUAUAACGUAGAUCGCGGAGCGAGAAUGUUGUGUGCUUUACUGUGUGUUUUGUUGUGCUUGAGUGUGAGUGAGUGUCGGCCUAAUAUUGUUUUCAUUCUAGCUGAUGAUUUCGGUUGGAAUGACGUAGGUUUCCAUGGCUCGAACGAGAUACCGACUCCGAACAUCGACGCCCUGUUUGCGUCUGGGCUCUCUCUGCACAACUACUAUGUUACACCGAUCUGCACACCCUCUAGAGCUGCUCUAAUGACGGGAAAAUAUCCUAUCCAUACUGGAAUGCAACAUGGAGUUAUCUAUGGUAUGGAGCCUCGGGGUCUUCCGCUUUCAGAGACAAUACUUCCUCAGCACUUAAGGACUUUGGGUUACAAAAACCACUUGGUUGGCAAAUGGCAUCUUGGUAGUUACAAGAGGGAAUAUUUACCGUUGAAUAGAGGUUUUGACAGUCACCUAGGUUUCUGGACUGGAAAAAUAGACAUGUAUGAUCACACUAAUGAGGAGAAAGGAGUUUGGGGAUUCGAUUUUAGACGAGGUUUUGCAGUAGCUCAUGAUUUGUUUGGCAAAUACGCAACUGACAUUUAUACAAAUGAGGCACUAAGGAUUAUAGCAAAUCAUAACAAGGAUGAACCAUUAUUCCUAAUGAUAGCUCACUCGGCUGUGCACACUGGUAACCCGUACGAACCCAUCCGAGCUCCCGAGGGACUAAUAGCGAACUUCAGCUACAUAGAAGACCCGCAGAGGAGAAAAUAUGCAGCUGUGGUUUCAAAGCUUGACGAGUCCGUUGGAAGAGUAGUCCAAUCGCUACAAGCUCACGGGAUGCUCAAUGACAGUAUUAUUGUGUUCAGUACAGACAAUGGAGGACCAGCCGCUGGCUUCAACUCUAACGCGGCUUCGAACUACCCGUUAAGAGGUGUGAAAAAUACCCUCUGGGAGGGCGGAGUACGCGGCGCGGGAGUAUUAUGGAGUCCAUUGCUUAGCGCGAUACCGCGUGUUGCCUCGCAACCAUUGCAUAUAUCGGACUGGCUGCCCACACUGUUCAGUGCUGCUGGUGGAAACGUUAGUUCCUUAGGUGCAAUAGAUGGCGUGGACCAAUGGCUGGCAUUAUCCAAGGAUAUGAAAUCAGAGCGAACCUCAAUACUACAUAAUAUAGACGACAAAUUUGGCAGUGCGUCUAUCACAGUCGAUCAAUGGAAAUUGCAUAAAGGCACCACAUACAACGGAGCUUGGGACUACUGGUACGGACCGAGUGGUCGUAAUGGCAGCUAUAACGUCGAAUUAGUUUUUGAUGGUUUCGCUGGUCGAGCCAUAGCUCAGCUGGGCCUGAUGCCUAACAAGGAGAAAAUUGCGGAAUUGAGGCAAGCCUCAACUGUGAUAUGUAAACCGAUUGAGCCCAUCCCCUGCAAGCCGCUAGAAGCCCCUUGCCUCUUCAACAUUGUAGAGGAUCCGUGUGAAAUAAGAAACCUCGCCGACAUCGAAAUCGACACUUUACAUCGCGUUCUCGGCGAAUUGGAUGCUUACAACAGAACAGCGGUUCCACCGAACAACGCACCGAUCGACUCGCACGGCAACCCUCGGCUUUGGAGUCAUGUUUUCACAAACUUCGGAGAUUAUAGCCGUGUUCAUGUUUGUUAAUUAUUCGUUAAACCGACUGAUAUUGAAGAUCAAAGAAACUGCGCAAGUAUUGAAUUAAGUUUAUUUUAGUAUGGUUACAAUUGGUGGAUAAAACACCCACUCUUGUCAAUGCAAAAAAAAAGAGUAAUUUAUAACUGAUUGUGAAGGAGUAUGAGUUGUUAGAAAUUGUGUGAUUCUUUUGUUAAAAGCGACUUUUAAGAAUUAAUUCCAGUUGAUUCUGAGUAUGUAUGUAUCAAAAGAAUAAAAAAAGGAAAUAGUCC